CAGGUGAACAGCGUGAAGAACCAGCUGACCGGCGAGUAUGGCGGCGUGCCCGAUGUGGCGCGCGCGUACAAGGCCGCCGGGCAGGAGUGGGUGGUGAUUGGAGAUGAGAACUACGGCGAGGGGUCGUCGCGCGAGCACGCUGCGCUGGAGCCCCGCCACCUGGGCGCGCGCGCCGUCAUCGUCAAGUCCUUUGCCCGCAUCCACGAGACCAACCUGAAGAAGCAGGGGCUGCUGCCCCUCACCUUUGCAGACCCAGCAGACUACGACAAGGUGGGUCCCUUUGACCGCCUCAGCAUCAAGGGCCUGACCAGCUUUGCGCCCGGCAAGGGGCUGACCCUGGUGGGCAAGCGGCCCGACGGCUCCACCUACGAGUUCCCCGUCAACCACACCUUCAACGCCAACCAGAUCAACUGGUUCAAGCACGGCUCCGCACUCAACGCCAUGAGUGCCAACAAGUGA